AUGGCGAGGACUGCCAGGCACGGAUCCUGGAGGCGCGGUACGAAAUGGAGGGCGAGGAGUGGAGCGCCGUGUCGGAGCAGUGCAAAAGCCUCAUCCGCGCGCUGCUGCAAAAGGAGAUCCCAAGGACCGGCUCAGCGCGCACCAGGUCUUGGAGCACCCCUGGCUCGCCAGCACGGCGCCGCAUCUGCAGGUGGACGCUGCCGCUUUGAAGCAGAUAGAUGCCCUGGAGGCGUUUCACCAGCAGAACCUUUUCCGGCACCUGGCGGCGGGUGUCCUGGCGAAGCAGCUGGACGAAACAGACCUCCACGAUCUUCACAAGGCCUUCUGCGAGAUCGAUGCGGACGAGAACGGGGUUGUGUCCUUUGCGGAGUUCAAGGAGAGGUGCUGAAAGACCACUUGGAGCGUCCAGAGUUAGAGGCCUCCAAGGUGGCUGACAUCUUUCGGAGCGUGGAUCUGGAUGGCAAGGGGGUCAUCGACUAUACGGAGUUUGUUGCGGCCUGCCUGGACCACAAGGUGGAGGAGGAGGAGGGCGUGUGCUGGGCGGCCUUCCAGGUCUUCGACAAGGACUGCAACGGCGUGGUGACCUUCGAGGAGUUGGAGCAGGUGCUGAACAGCGCCUCCAUGGAAGGCACCUUCUCCCCAGAGCUGCGCAAGGAGCUCUGGUCUCAGCUCACCGCUGGGGCCGAGGACGUGGACUUCGACCACUUCCUGGCGGCGCUCCGCGGGGUGCGGCCCCCGGUGCCGACGGAAACCGCCAAGGCGUUGCCGCUGCCGAGACGUCAGCACGGCGCUGUUGGGGCUAUGGGUCUUCCUAUCAAAGCUAGGGGCGUGAACGAAGCCGCGCCUACCGGGCUGCCCAUCAAGGCGAGGGGCGCCAACGAAUCCCCGCCCACCGGGCUGCCCAUCAAGGCAAGGGGAGUGAACGAAGCCGCGCCCGCUGGGCUGCCCAUCAAAGCAAGGGGCGUGAACGAAGCCACGCCCGCCGGGCUGCCCAUCAAAGCAAGGGGCGUGAACGAAGCCGCGCCCGCCGGGCUGCCCAUCAAAGCAAGGGGCGUGAAUGAAGCCGCGCCCGCCGGGCUGCCCAUCAAAGCAAGGGGCGUGAAUGAAGCCCCGCUGCUGCCCAUUGGCAAGAAGUGA